AUGAACAAAAAAUUUGUGUUAGCAUUGUCUUAUUUAGUACUUUGUGUGCAUUUUAUUAUAGCAAGCACAAAAGGAAACCAAGAUGAAUUUGAUGGAGGAAAAGAUGUAAGAGAUUCGUUUCUUGAGAAAAGUAUAUCAAAAAGACAAUCGCCACCAUGUGUAGGUGAUGAGUGUUUUUGUCAAAGUUAUUACGAUUUAACUUUGAUUUUAGAUGAAUCGGGAAGUAUCAAAAAAAAACAUUGGGUGAAGUAUGUUGUCCCAUUUACAGAACAAAUUGUAAAGGGUUUAAAAGUAGGCGAAAAUGAUAUUCACGUGGGAAUUUUAUUAUUUGCCUUGAAGAAUAGAGAUUAUAUUACUUUUGAUAAUGAUAUACGAUACAAAAAAACUGAACUUUUGAAAAAAGUAAAUGAUCUAAAUGACGAUUAUCGUUCAGGAUCAGACACAUAUAUCUUAGAAGCUUUAAAAUAUUCAAUGAACAAAUAUUCAAUGAGCAAAAAUGCAAGGGAUGAUGCACCAAAGGUAACGAUAUUAUUCACCGAUGGUAAUGAUAGACAUGCAUCUAAGUCUGAAUUUCAUAAGAUGUAUUCCGAAUAUCAAGAAAAGCAUAUAAAAUUGUUAGUUCUGGGUGUUUCAGCUGCAGAAGAGAAAAAAUUAAAAGUUAUAGCUGGGUGUGAGGAGCAUUCCAGUUGCCCAAGUGCUAUGAAAGCAGAAUGGGAAACUAUAAAUAACAUAACAAAUAAAUUAACUAAUAAAAUAUGUGAUACAGAAUCUGAGUCCAAUAUAAUCCCUGAACCAGAACCAGAACCAGAACCAGAAACAUCCCAACCAAUUCCAUGUAUUGGGGAUGAUUGCUUUUGCAAAGAUUAUUAUGAUUUAACUUUAAUUUUAGAUGAUUCAGGAAGCAUUACACUAAAUAAAUGGGAGAAAGAUGUUAUUCCCUUUUCAGAAAAACUUAUAAAUAAUUUAAAUAUAGGUAAAGAUAACGUACAUGUAGGAAUUAUGCGUUUUUCAAAAGAUAUAGUAAUUGAUGUUGAUUAUAGUCAAGAUACAAGAUAUAUAAAAAAUGAGUUGGCAAAUAUAGUUGAAGGGCUAAGUAAAAAGUAUAGAUAUGGAUCACGUACCGAUAUCGUGGAUGCAUUAGAUUAUUCUCUAAAAAACUUCACAAGACAUCCAAAUAGUAGGACAGAUGCCCCUAAAGUAACAAUCCUUUUUACUGAUGGAAAUGAUACUUCUAAAACGUUAGCAGAAGAACGUAAUAUGGGAAUAUUAUAUAGAUCUGAACAAAUAAGGCUAAUUUUAGUAGGAGUUGGUCAAGCAUCUUCAAUUGAUUUAUACGCAUUAGCAGAUUGUGAUCAUGGUAAACAUUGCCCUCAAGUUAUAGAAUGCAAAUGGAACGAUCUAACUGGUAUAACAUCAGUUAUUACAGACAAAAUAUGUGAUAUCGAAUCAGGAGAAAAUUCAAAUCCAUCUGAGACCCCUGAAUCAUCUGGUGUUACCAAUCCAACCGAGACCCCUGAAUCAUCUGGUGUUACUAAUCCAACCGAGACCCCUGAAUCAUCUGGUGUUACCAAUCCAACCGAGACCCCUGAAUCAUCUGGUGUUACCAAUCCAACUGAGACCCCUGAAUCAUCUGGUGUUACUAAUCCAACUGAGACCCCUGAAUCAUCUGGUGUUACCAAUCCAACCGAGACCCCUGAAUCAUCUGGUGUUACUAAUCCAACAAAUCCAGAUAACGUUGUAUCUUGCCAAAAUGAUGAGGAUUGUUAUUGUAAAGAUUUUUAUGAUGUUACAUUAAUUUUAGACGAAUCAGCAAGUAUAGGUGAAUCCAGAUGGGUACUGGAAGUUAUUCCAUUUGCAAAAGAUAUUAUAAACCAUUUAAAUAUAGACUAUGAUUCAGUACAUGUAGGAGUUUUACUUUUUUCUCAUUACGCUUUGGAUCUUGUUCCAUUUUCAGAUGAGGCACGAUACAAUAAAAUUAGCCUUCUAAAAAAAAUAGAUAGUUUAAAAACAAAUUAUGGAAAUGGAUACGAAUCAUUUAUUGUUAAAACAUUAAAGUAUGCAUUAUAUAAUUACAUAAAAGACUCAGGUAGAAGUAAUGCACCUAAAAUAACAAUGUUGUUUACUGAUGGAAAUGACUCUAGUGAAUCCGAUAUGGACAUGUAUAAUAUAGGAUCAUUGUAUAGAACAGAAAGAGUAAAAUUAUUAGUAAUAGGUGUUUCUAUGGCUAGUGAAAAUAAACUAAAACAAUUAGUAGGUUGUGCACAAAAUGUACCGUGUCCAUUUGUUAUUAAAACAGAAUGGGGAACUCUAGACGCUCUAUCAAAGGUAUUUGUUGAUAAAAUAUGUGACACAGGAUCAAUAUUACCACCAGAAAGUAACAAACCUGAAACAGAAGUACCUACUCCACAAUGCAUAGGAAAUGAUUGUUUUUGUCAUGAUAUAUAUGAUUUAACAGUAAUAUUAGAUGAAUCAGGAAGUAUAGGAAGUUAUAAUUGGAAAAAUCAAGUUUAUCCAUUUACUGAACAAUUUAUUAACAACUUAGAAAUAUCUGAGGAUAAGGUUCAUGUUGGAAUCAUGCUAUUUGCACAAUUCAAUAGAGAUUUUGUUAUGUUUUCUGACAAAGAAAGUUAUGACAAAGAACAUAUGAUGAAACUAAUAAAAGGCUUGAAAGAUUCUUAUAAAUCAGGAGGAUAUACAUAUAUAAUAGAGGCUCUAAAUUACGGUUUGGAAAAUUAUACACACCAUAAAGAUAGUAGAUCAGAUGUGCCUAAAGUGACAAUGCUAUUUACUGAUGGAAAUAACACUAAUCCAGGAGAUAAAUUAUUAUCAGAUGCAAGUUUGUUAUAUAAAGAAGAAAAUGUAAAAUUGCUAGUUGUUGGUGUUGGCGCAUCUACUAUGGCCAACUUACGAUUACUUGCAGGUUGCCACAAAACAGAUGGAGAUUGUCCACUUGCUACGAAGACCGAAUGGAAUAAUCUUCAAGAUAUAUCAAAAUUAAUGGCUGACAAAAUAUGUAAUGCAGAGACUCCAGAAAUUGAAGAGCCUGAAUCUACAUGUCUAGGUGAUGAAUGUAUAUGUGGGGAUUAUUUUGAUUUAACACUUAUUACCGUUCCAAUAACUACCCUAGAUUAUAAUCAUAGAACUGGAUUUACAAGAUAUGCUAGAAACAUAAUUAACAUGUUUAAUAUUGGUAAAAAAAAUAUCCAUGCAUCGAUUUCUAUGUAUUUAGGAGUAAGAAGUGUCAAUAUAGAUUUCGACGAUGACCUAACACAUGAUAAAAAAGGAUUAUUAAUGGCACUAGAUCAAAUGAAUCAUUAUUUUGCUGAGGAAGAAACAAAUAUAACUGAAGCUCUAGAAAUAGGAUUAAAACAAAUAUUUGGAAAAGGUAACAGAGAAAAGGCUCCAAAGAUUGCUUUGUUACUUACAGAUAGUAAUAAUGAUGCAUAUGAAAAAAGCAAACUUGAGAAUAUAUCAAAAGAGUAUACAGAUAAAGGUGUUAAACUUUUAGUAAUGGGAAGAGUUGAAUUAUCUAAGGAAAUAUUAUUCGUUGCAGGAGGAUGUGAUAUAAAUAAUGAUACAUGCCCAAAUGUACUUAUAUAUAAUAGUUUCAUUAAUGAUAAUACCGCUGAAAAAUUCUUAGAAGAAAAUAUAUGUGAUAACAGUAAUGGAAAUGGUAAUGGAAAUGGUAAUGGAAAUGGUAAUGGAAAUGGAAAUGGAAAUGGAAAUGGUAAUGGUAAUGGAAAUGGUAAUGGAAAUGGUAAUGGAAAUGGUAAUGGAAAUGGUAAUGGAAAUGGCAAUGGAAAUGGUAAUGGUAAUGGUAAUGGAAAUGGAAAUGGAAAUGGUAAUGGAAACGGAACUGGAAAUGGUAAUGGAAAUGGCACUGGAAAUGGUAAUGGAAACGGAACUGGAAAUGGUAAUGGAAAUGGCACUGGAAAUGGCACUGGAAAUGGCACUGGAAACGGCACUGGAAAUGGCACUGGAAAUGGCACUGGAAAUGGCAAUGGAAACGGCAAUGGAAAUGGCACUGGAAAUGGCAAUGGAAACGGCAAUGGAAAUGGUACUGGUAGUGGAAAUGGAAAUGGAAAUGGCACUGGAAAUGGCACUGGAAAUGGAAAUGGAAAUGGUACUGAUAAUGGAAAUGGCACUGGAAAUGGAAAUGGAAAUGGCACUGGAAAUGGCAAUGGAAACGGCACUGGAAAUGGCACUGGAAACGGCAAUGGAAAUGGAAAUGGUACUGAUAAUGGAAAUGGAAAUGGCACUGGAAAUGGCAAUGGAAACGGCACUGGAAAUGGCACUGGAAACGGCAAUGGAAACGGCAAUGGAAAUGGAAAUGGUACUGAUAAUGGAAAUGGAAAUGGCACUGGAAAUGGAAAUGGAAAUGGCACUGGAAAUGGCAAUGGAAACGGCACUGGAAAUGGUACUGGAAAUGGCAAUGGAAACGGCACUGGAAAUGGCACUGGAAACGGCAAUGGAAAUGGUACUGAUAAUGGAAAUGGUACGGGUAAUGGAAAUGGAAAUGGUACUGGAAAUGGAAAUGGUACUGGUAAUGGAAAUGGUACUGAUAAUGGAAAUGGAAAUGGUACUGGAAAUGGAAAUGGUACUGGUAAUGGAAAUGGAAAUGGUACUGGUAAUGGAAAUGGUACUGAUAAUGGAAAUGGAAAUGGAAAUGGUACUGGUAAUGGAAAUGGAAACGGAAAUGGAAAUGGAAAUGGUACUGGAAAUGGAAACGGAAAUGGAAAUGGAAAUGGUACUGGAAAUGGAAAUGGAAACGGAAAUGGUAAUGGAAAUGGUACUGGUAAUGGAAAUGGUACUGGAAAUGGAAAUGGAAACGGAAAUGGUAAUGGAAAUGGCAAUGGAAAUGGUAAUGGAAAUGGAAAUGGCGUUGGUAAUGGUACUGAUAAUGGCAAUGGUAAUGGUAGUGGAGAAUCAGGAGGUUCCCCUUUACCACCAAGUAUUCAAUGUGACGAUGAGUUUUGUGAAGAAUGUGAUGAUGAUGUAUGUGAUAACAAUCCUACAUGUAAAAAAGCUAUGGAUAUAGUUAUAGCAUUAGAUCAAUCUAGAGGAAUUACUAAUUUACAAUGGACAACUUAUGUAAAACCAUUUAUGGUACACACAGUUAAGGAAAACUAUUUAUCCCAAAAUCGAUCACAUGUAACAAUAGUAAAAAUGAGAGCAAACAAAGGUAAAGAACAAUGGGGUUUAUAUAGAAAAUUAAGUUAUAAAAAAAAUAGAAUUCUUAACAAAAUUGACAAAUUACAAAUGUCCUAUUCCAAUAUAAUAAAUUUGGCAGAUAAUUUAAAAUAUAUAAGAACAAAAACUUUUAAAAGGACACCUGCACAUAAAAAAAAAUUAAUUGUAAUGUUAGUUGAAGGUAAAUCAAAUACCGAUUUAAAUGAAUUGAGAAGAGAGAUUGAACUUUUGAAAUUAAAUAAAAUAACUUUAUAUGUAUAUGCAAUAGAUAAUAUUGACGAAAAGGAAUAUAAAAUACUUGGAGAUUGCGAAGGACCAUCUUCUAUAUGUGAAAAUAUAGUUAAAGUAUCUUGGGAAAAUUUAUUAUCUUCUGUAGAAAUACAUAAUAAAUUUAUUUGUAAUAAAUACCCCGAAGAUGCAGAAUGUUCUGAAUGGGGAGAAUGGAGUCCAUGCCCUCAAUUAUCAUGUGAUAGUGCUGUUAGCAGAAGAGAAAGAAAAAAACCAUAUUAUACAUUAAAGGAAGAAGGAUAUAGUGGCACUGAAUAUGGAGAUUCAUGUAUGGAUUUAGGUUCCAUAGAAUAUAGAUCAUGCCCUGUAAAAGAUGAAUGUAAUGAUAUUUGUGGUGAUUUUGGUGAAUGGAGCCAAUGUAGUACUUCCUGUGGAGAUGGAAUAAGAAUGAGAACCAGAAAUGCAUCACCAGAUAAUAGCAUGUGCCAAACAUUUAAUAAAACUGAAAUAGAACCAUGUAAUAUUCAAAGUUGUGGUUCUACAGAGAUAUGUGAAGAUAUUGGUGAUUGGAGCGAAUGGUCUUCUUGCUCAAAAACAUGUGGAUAUUCUAUUAGAGAAAGAAAAUUUACAAUUUUUCCAGAAAGUAUAGACGAGCAUUCUUAUUGUGAACAUUUUGAGAAAAUUGAAACAGAGGUAUGUUCAGUUCCAAAAUGUGAAAAUGAAGAAUGUUUUGAUUGGGAAGAUUGGAGUGAAUGGUCAGCACCAUGUGGACCCAGAAAAAGAGUUCAAAGAGCCCGUUUACAUAAAAAUAAAUCUGGAAAUCCAUCAACUAUUCCUAGCCCAAAUAAUGGACAAAAUGAUAAAUGUGAAGAUUUUUAUCAAGAUAAAAUUGAAUAUGAUGAAGAAUCUAGUUGCCCUGAUAAUACAUGUGGUAGCUGGUCAGAAUGGUCCGAAUGUGAUCGACCAUGUAAUGCUGGAAUGAGAAUAAGGAAUUUUAUUACAAAUAUAGUCAGUUUGAAUGGAGAAAAUGAUGAUGAAUGUUUAGAAACUUAUAAUAAAAUAGAAAAUGAACCUUGUUUAGAUUUACCUGUAUGUAAUUCUGGAGAAUGUAAUGAUUGGGAAACAUGGGUUGAUUGUAAAACAGAUAAGGACUCCUACAGCUGUCAUAUGCCAAAUAAAAGAAUCCUUACAAGAAAAUUAGACUUAUUAAAGAAUCCAAAAAGUGACACAGCGGAAGCUUGUAAUGAUUAUUCUCUUUUUAGAGAAGAAGAUUGCCCAAUAGGAAAUACUCCUUGUGUUGAUGCUUUAUGUAAUGAAUGGGAUGAAUGGGGAAGCUGUUCAGAAACAUGUGGAUUAGACUCAUUCAGAAUUAGAAAAAGAAAAGAACCAUUAGAGUUAAUACCAGCCUCUUCAGAUAUCGAUGGAAACAUUGGUUUAACUUGUGAAGAACAAAAUGUACGAAUUGAAGAAAAAGAAGCUUGUAAUGUUCCUGCUUGUGUACCUCCCGUUUUAGAUGGAUCAAAUACAAAUACUGGUGAAGAUGGUGAAGGUGGUAGUAGUGGUGAGGGUUUUGGUACAGGUGAGAAAAUUUCAAUGGCUGCAGGUAUAAUUGGAUUAGUAGGUUUAGCAGCUGGAGGUUUAAUAUAUGGUUAUAAUACAUUAAAUGGAGGAGAGACACCACAUAACUCUAAUAUGGAAUUUGAAAAUGUUGAAAAUAAUGAUGGUAUAAUUGAAGAAGAAAACGAAGAUUUUGAAGUUAUCGAUGCAAAUGAUCCAAUGUGGAAUUAA